AUGGCUCAGUUAACUCCUUCCCUGGAAGCACAGCUUGCGGCGGCAUCGUGCGGGGAGACGAUGGUCGUUUCAUCAGAGCAUUCACGGCGAACCUUGGAGGGGGUUCCAUAA